ACAUCUAGAAGACUUACCGAUUCACGGUAGUCAACAUUAUUAGCAAUGAAAAGGUUCCGGUGCGAAGUGAUAGCUCAAGAUUCCAAAACCAAAAUUAUCAACCUAUUGUGGAUGGGCCGAUUAUGCCAGAUGAGGAGCCUCGCGAGGACGUUGUGACAAGACCUACAUGUAGAACCUCCAUCAACUGGUCUGGAAAUCUCGACUUUUCAUCGAUCAAGAAGACCGAUGACGAGGAACAGCAUGGCGCAUUAUCCGAACUCAGAACAAUGCACCGUGGGCACAGCCCGUUCUGCUGUUGGGUAACAGCAAUCGAAACUUUAGCUCGACAUGUCUAAGAUCGACAAACAUAGAAGAGAUCAACGAAGAUCAAGUGGACGCUAGAGAAUAUCCGAACAAUGACGAUCGUUCCUG